AUGUGCGACGGCAGCGAGGCCGACCACGGCGAGGACCAGCAUGCAAAGCAUUCCAAGCCUGGCCGUCCCAAAUGGGCCAGUGCAGCGAGGAGGAUCCAAAUCAGAUUGUCCUGGCGCUGGGCAGGCCCACUCUCUGCCACGCCGACUCCGUGUCCUACCUUCACGGACGGGCUCAUGCUGUUCCUGCGCACGCGUGCGAUCCUUAAGUGGGCGGUGCUACGGAAGGAUUGGACAGCGGAGGCCAAACCAGAGGACCGGGAGAAGCGCCGCCACAUGGACGUCAGGUGCUUUCGCAUGCCUGUUGUUGCACCGAGCUCCAUGGACUCGCAGUCCAACGGUCGAACCGGAGGUAGCCUCUUCGUCAAGGGACCGUCCACCGACCAUAAGCACUUCGACUGGGAAACAACCGGAACCGUGACACCGUUCGUAACGCAGGAUGUGGCGGCCAUUCUUGGAAAGGAACAAGGGCUUCUCCAGGAUGCGACAGUCGGGCAUGAGACUUGCCAGGAGGAAUAUGUCGAGGUCAAACGUCCAGACGGGACUGCUCGUGGCGAGCGGACAUUCUAUGGGGCAUUCGAAGGAGGCUUCAGCGCUGGCUACUGGGGCACUGUAGGGAGCAAAGAGGGGUGGGAGCCGGCAUCUUUCAGCUCGAGUAGAUCCAAACGACAUGCCGAAGCGGCCUUGCAGGUCGAGGAUUUCAUGGAUGAAGAGGACUUGCGUGACCAUCGUUCUUCGAGGAAGACAAUCGCAGCUCGUCGUGAGUUCGAGAGCGCUCAAGGACCUUCACCGAACAGCUCUGCAGGGCUGCCCAACGGACUGCCCCGGCAGCUGGAAGCAGAGUUAUUCACAGGCGAUGAUCGCUUGGGGACACGGCUGCUGCGCGCCAGCAGUCUCGUGACCCCAUCUGAGACUGCACUGCCCGAGCCUGCCGCCGCGACUUCCAGUGUCAAACCCAAGAAGUCGUAUGGCUGUGCUCGCCCUCCACCAGGCUACCAAGCUCCCUCUGAAGCUGCGGGAGUGGAGUGGCCUCAGCAAACUGGCAAAAGGUUGGCUGCUACUUUAAAGAGUGGUUCGCAAGUGGCCAACAGCUCGGCUCUGGAAGCUGAGUUGGAGAGGUUGUGGCGAAGUAAGAAUGAUCUGCAUGGCAUCGGCUACACUUUGGGCUCGAGGUUUUGUUCUGCAAACAGCGUUCCCAACAGUCGACGGCUCUACAUGUCGAGUGCACGUGGGAAGAAUCUGGCGGCGAAGCAGGGCAUCGGAUACGCACAGUUUGGCACCGGAGUCCUUGAUCAAGAUGAGUACGAUGCCUGGGAAGAGGUUUAUGAUCAUGAGACUGACAAGCAUUCUCACUACCAUCCUUCUUUGAGGGACGAGGAAGUGGAGGAGACUGCACACGCUGCCCUGAGUGACGUUAAACCUGUGGCGUCGAUGCCGCAGACUGGCGACGUUCCGGGCUUUGUUCGUGCGGAUGGCCAGGACAAGGAGGCACAGGAUCUCAGGCACUGGCAUCCACCACCUGUGCCUCGAGGCUACAAAGGUGUCCAUCUCAUUGAGAUUUCACCACUCCAGGAAGCAGAAGAGGGGAGCGAGGAACACCGGAAGCUCAUGGAGUUUCGAGAGAAACAUGGCCAACAGCGGCUCUUGGAUCCGCGAUAUCGUGCUGAGCUUUUGGGCGAGCAAGCGCGUGCAGAACGAUCGCCCGAAGAUGACCAUGCGGAGCCGCCAGCUCCUCCCGAGGCUGACGAGGUGUGCAUGCAGCGGUCUGCAGCUCCUUUGUGGAGGGUACCCGACCAGCACAAACAGAACUUGCUCACUGCUCUUGGUCGUCACUUUGUCAUGGGACAGACGCAGGACAUGGACGGAGCAGCCGCCCGCCACGAACCUUUCAAAAACGAUCCGAGUAAGCAGCAGCGUUAUGCCAAGUUCUGUUUAGCGAUGGAGGGCAAGGCUGCGGUUUCCGAAGCCUUGAAGGACUCACAGGUGGAACGUGAUGUAGAGUUUGCCGAGUUCGGCCGGGUCUACCGUUCGUUCAGGCAACAGCAUCCUGAGGCAGAUAUUGUGAAGGCACUCGAAGAGAAGGCCUCCAGCCAGGCAGCACCGUUGUUGCGAAGGACGGUGGUGCCUUGGACGCCGGACAAACUACUGUGCAGGCGGUGGGGUGUGCCGGAACCCAAACCUGGCGGAUUCAGUGAUCAUGCUCCAGCAGCCUUGCUGCCCAAGCAAAAAAAGUACAACGAGCAGGUGAAAGCCAAAGACCAAGCCCCUGCAAAGGCCUCGUCAUCAAAUGGACUCAGCGAUCCAGACCCAGUGCCACAUGCCAAUGUUGUUUCAAGUGGCGAAUUGACACGUCCUCCCAAGUCGUUGUUUGCAUCAAUCUUUGGUGAGUCCGAAGAAUAG